AUUCAAUGAGCCUUUCAGUAUCAACUUUCAUUCUUAAUUAGCCAUGCCCGGUUACUCAAGUGACCAGUUAUUGAAGGAUUGGCUAUACGCCGUCAAGCAAGACUUCACUACAUCUCAAGGGAACCCCUUCCCAUAUGCCGAGAAUGGCAAACAGCAAUGGGAUGAUGAGAUCAAGAAGAUUACCUUCAAAAGGCAGCCUCAUAUUGGUUCUGUGAGCAGCAAUGGAAAGUAUCUUGCUCUUGGAAUCGACCAUGUCAUCCAUAUCCUCGAUACCCAGAGCUGGGAUACUAUUGCAGUUCUGAGGGGUCAUACAAACAAAGUUGAUACCCUUGCGUUCAGGUCUGGCCGCUCGGAUGUGCUGGUCUCGUGUGAAGAGCAGAUAUACGACGAUUUGGGGCAUACUGAACCGCCCACGAUCAUUCUGUGGAACAUCGAAGAAGAAAGGUCGGCACCGAGACUGGGUGACGAUCAGUUACGAAAUGCCAGUCAAGCCGCUCUUUCAGCUGCUGCAGACAAGUUAGCCGAAGCCGGUAUCAAUCUGAGCAAAGACGAACUCCGCCAUCUAGAGCGAACUGUCGGACCUGCUGUCAGUCGCACCGUCUCUAAGCACAUCGCGGCGAGUAAAGUGACCAUAGAAGGCCGACUACACUCAGCUCAUGAGUCUCAAAUUUUCAGCCCUUCGGGAAAUUGGAUGACAUAUUUGCCUGGAGAGUCACCUAUCUCGAAUGGGAAUGAUCCAUGGGAUAUUCAGAUCGUUUCCUCGGACGAUCUUUCCAAGGGGCUGCUCCUGAAGGGCCAUACCGAUGCAGUCAUGUGGACAGGAUGGAGCCCUGAUGAAUCAGUCUUUGCUUCUGUGUCAUGGGACGAGUCUAUUCGUAUUUGGGAUGCUACUACAGGAGAGCAAAAGUACAGAUUCAAGACCGAGGGGCAGAACUGGGCUGGUGCUUUCAGUCCCGACUCGAGCUACUUCGCAGCAACGGACGGACUAAGCAACAUAUGGAUCUAUUACAUGGCUGACGGAGAGCAGCACUGGGUCUACAAAGGACAACGUUCUGAUCGCUGGAGAAGGACUCUUGCAUGGCACCCAACUAACCCGUGGCUUGCUGUAGGUGGAGAGAGCAGUGGCGAGCUACUUCUACUCGAUGUUAGCGAGAAGAAGUUACUGCAAAAACGACUAUUCUCUACAGAUGCUUGUACAGUGGAUAAGGAGUCUCGUGAUAUGAUGAGAGACUUUGUUGGGACGUUGGAAGUGAGGUUCUUUGAUGAUGGAAACAAGCUUGCGGUUUGGACUUUCGGUGACUGGAGUAUUGAAGUGUAUGACCUCAAACAGGAAGUCAAAUGGCGGUUUGCACGAGGUGGAACAGAAGAUGGGCCAAAUGCGGGAAAAUGGAGGAACGAACAUGGUAAGGUUACGAGUAAGGGGGGCUACGAAAUGGUAGCUUGGGAGGAUCACUCUAAGUGUUCGCUGUUCCUUGCCAGUAUCGACUUCGACGCUGUGCGCCUUUGGGAGGUACCGCUGACAACUUGAGUUGCAUUUUGUGUGAAUGCAUAUGAACCGGUUCAACUCCAGCCAUGAUGUCGAUACUCCGCCCAUCCUCCAUUCAUAAUAGGCUACCAGAAGUCCCUGAACAGAAACAUGGAGGUUUGGCGCUGUUUGGCAGCAUUCAGUGGAUUUAGUCGAGAUAUAGCAUAAAAUAAUGAUGAGCA